UCAAAAAUGGUGUCUUCCAUUCGGAAGGCAUUUCGUCUCUUUCUUCUUUCCACAAUCAAUCAAAGCCUCUUCCCGCCGAAGGGCCAAAAGAAAUGGGCGGCGACUCCGCCUUGACAGCUUCUUCGCUCUCAGGUUCCGUGAAGGAGAACAAGAGCCAGAAGUGGGCACCGUCGCCGUCCCAAGUUUUCUAUCACUUCGGCACCAGCGGGACAUCUGUCGCUGUUGCCACCGGGAUCACUCAUCCUCUAGAUGUUCUCAAAGUAAGGCUGCAAAUGCAACUUGUUGGUCAGAGAGGUCCAUUAACUGGAAUGGGACCGCUAUUUGUUCAAGUAGUAAAGAAUGAAGGGCCGAAGGCAUUGUAUCUGGGAUUAACACCUGCAUUAACCAGAUCAGUUCUUUAUGGAGGUCUCCGUCUAGGUCUAUAUGAACCUUCCAAGUAUGCGUGUGAUUGGGCUUUCGGGUCUACUAAUAUUCUGGUCAAGAUUGCAUCUGGAGCAUUCGCAGGUGCUUUUGCCACAGCACUUACAAAUCCUGUUGAAGUGAUAAAGGUGAGGUUACAGAUGAACCCUGGUGCAAGAGAGGGAGGGCCACUAGGUGAAGUGCGUAAAAUCGUUUCUGAAGAAGGAGUAAAAGCUCUCUGGAAAGGAGUUGGCCCAGCUAUGGCCCGAGCAGCUGCAUUGACUGCAUCACAGCUGGCGACGUAUGAUGAAUUCAAGGGGAUGUUGAUGAGAUGGACGCCUAUGGAAGAUGGGUUUCAGCUACAUUUGAUCUCGAGCAUUGUGGCAGGCACUAUCAGUACUCUCAUAACUGCGCCAAUGGACAUGGUUAAAACCCGUCUAAUGCUACAGCGAGAAUCAAAAGGAGUUGGAAAGUACAGAAAUGGAUUUCAUUGCGCAUACCAGGUUGUGCUUACAGAAGGUACGAGGGCACUGUACAAAGGGGGCUUUGCAAUUUUCGCAAGACUGGGUCCACAAACCACGAUUACCUUUGUACUGUGCGAGAAGCUACGGGAGCUAGCUGGACUGAGGUCGAUUUAGUUUCUUGGACUGUGUAGCUACAACAUCAGAGCCUCUGCAACAGCAUUGUAUUUGAAACCCGGAAGGGACGAUCUUGUUAUUACAAGGUGUGGCAUGGGGGAAAAAAGUGUCCUCCCUCCUUUCAAGUGACUUGUUAUUGUCACAUUUGAUUGUCGCUCAAGAAUUAGAAUCUUUAGGAUCUUACAAAACGGCCCAUUCAGUCCACUCAGCCUUUCAUGAUUUUUAUGUAAUUCUGUUGGUAAGUUUUUUACAGGAAGGGCAUUGAAUUGUUCCAUUAUCCCUUUCUUGUCAAUUCUUCGGCUACAACUUGAGAAAAAUAAAAUUGAUGAUUUAUGCUUUU